UUCCGAUUUCGUGCAGAACUUGCUUAAUGCUGUAAUUCAAUCCUAGUGCCCUCGUUACUGGAAUAAUAAGAUAUGUAUACAUCUGUUUUCAAAUGAUAGAAACCAGUAUCAAUGACGAAAUCGAGGUAAAAUAUGUUUACAGACACUCCAUCAGGCGUGUCUUUCCGUCAAGGUAAAUUCUUUUGUAACACAGGACGCAUGUAGCAUGUGUUUGCAGUAGUGUUCUUCUCCAACAAGCUUUUCCUGAAAUUCUCAAUCCAUCGCAUUAUGUCUGAAGAAGAAACCAUGCAGCGAGGGAACUGGAAGAAUUGGUGGGAAUUCCUGUUUUCCUCUGUGGGGUGUUUGGUGGGACUUGGCAAUAUCUGGAGAUUUCCCUACAUCUGUUUCAAAAAUGGAGGAGGUGCUUUCCUGAUUCCGUAUUUCAUAUUCAUGUUCUUAUGUGCGAUGCCAAUGAUGUUUCUGGAGAUGACAUUUUCACAGUAUUCCAAUCUAGGACCUGGAAAAGUCUGGGUUUGCUGUCCAUUGUUAAAAGGCAUAGGAUAUGGAAUGGUAAUUUUAACUGGUUUAGUCAGCACCUACUACAACGUUAUCUUAGCCUGGGCCCUGUAUUACUUGGGAAUGUCAUUCUAUCCUCAACUUCCGUGGACCAGCUGUAACAAUGACUGGAACACGGUGCACUGUAUGUUAAGGGGGAUGAACACGAGUUCGCCAAAUUCAUCCCUAUUGGUGGAAAAUCAUUUGAAGAACGCAACCAAUGUCGCGAACAAUACAGACAUGCUACGAACACCUGCAGAGGAAUUUUGGGAGCACAAUGUCCUUGACCUCUCUGAUGGCAUUGAUAACCUUGGAAGUAUCCGAUGGCAGCUUCUACUAUGCCUAUUUGCAGCCUGGCUUGUUGUGUUCUUGUGCUUAUUCAAAGGAAUUAAAACUUCCGGAAAGGUUGUAUACGUGGCAGCCACAGUCCCAUAUCUCUUCCUGAUGACGCUGUUUAUACGAGGCUUGACGUUCAACAUUGACGGAGCUGUUAAAGGGUUGGGAGUUUUCCUGAUUCCGCGCUGGGAGGACUUACUGAAAUUUAGUGUAUGGUGUGAUGCAGCGGUACAGAUGUUUUAUUCCGCGGGUCUAGGAUGGGGAGGUAUUGCUACCUUGGCAAGCUACAAUAAUUUUAACAACAACGUGUUCAGAGACGCCAUGAUCUUGCCGAUUGUUGACGUUGUGACGAGCGUUUUCGCCGGCUGCGUGGUGUUCGUAACGUUGGGUUUUAUGGCGGAAGAGGCCGGAGUCUCUAUUGAUAAAGUUGUUGACAGCGGACCAGGGAUAGCUUUCAUCGUUUACCCGGAAGCAGUUUCUAAACUCCCCCUUCCCCAGCUAUGGGCAGUUCUAUUCUUUCUCAUGCUUUUUGUAGUCGGACUUGACAGCCAGAUGGUUCAUGUUCAGACUCUAACUGGUGCUCUCCUGGACAAUUUUCCUAAGGUGUUAUACAAAUGGAAAACUGCAUUAACCGGCGUUUUAUGUUUCCUUGGGUUCCUCCUAGGAAUACCAUGUAUCACACAGGGAGGAGUGUAUAUCCUUACUCUUAUAGACUGGUACUCUGCCAGUGUGGCUGUCAUGCUGUUGACUUUCCUUGAAGUGGCAUCAUUGGCAUGGCUUUAUGGUGUGGAUAGAAUUUACAAAGAUUUGGAAGUAAUGAUUGGAUACAAACCAAGCUCAUUAUGGAAGAUCAUGUGGCUUUUUGUGACUCCCCUGGCUAUAUUGAUAAUCUGGAUAGUGAGUCUGGUUCGUUACUCCACCGUGACGUACGGUGAAUACAAAUACCCAACAUAUGCCGUGGGGAUAGGAUGGUUGAUCGCCAUAUCAUCAUUAGUAUCCAUAUUUGUAGGAAUUAUAUCAACACUCUUAAACACGGGAGAUCAAUCAACACCUCUUUUUCAAAAACUACGAAUAUCUAUACAACCUACCACCCAGUGGAAACCUGCAGUAACAACUCCUCCAGGGGGGAUGGAGAUGAGAAAGUCACUUAUAUAACUCAAAACACUUUGUAGAAAUAGACCGUGUUACCGGUCUUCUUCAGUCGUGUUUAUAUUUUUUAUAUUUUACUUCGAAAAAAGAGACUUUAUACACACACACACACACACACACACACACACACACACACACACAUAUAUAUAUAUAUAUAUAUAUAUGUAUUCGGCAGGCAUAAUUUUAUUUUUCACCUAAAUGCACAUCUGUAUUUUGAUAUGAUAUACUAGAUGAAAUCACAAUUAAAUAAUAUUGCAU